CUCUGCGCGGUCGCGCGGUCCUGAAUCCCUUGAAUCCCUAGGGUCUCUCCGGAAAGCGUUUCCGUCCCGCGUGGCCGGGUGCUGAAGGAGUGGGGGGCGGCCGGUGUGGCAGCAACGAGGGCGGUGUGGGUGCGGGUACUCCCGGGCCGCGCCGCGUGCACCCGGCAGAGGCGGCCCUGCGUGCCGUGCGCGGCGUUCGGGGCGCGCCCGCCGCUAUCCAGCUUCCCGGGCUCAUUAGCAGUCUCGGUGUGCGGCUCCGCGCGGGCUCACAAAGAGCUGCGGCGGCGCCCCGCUCUCCGCUCCCGGACCCAGUCGGGGGUGGCGGCGCAUCUCGGCAGCAGUUCUCUGGAUACCGAAGCACUGCUGAAGCUCUGCCAGGUGACCUUGUGGAGGCUGGACUUUGUGAGGAGACUGCCGGAAGACUGGAUCACCAGGAGGGGUUUCAGGACGUUGUCAAGACACUCAUUUUUGUGGCUGGUUCCAGGUCAUAAUGGCUGUGUGAGUGUCUGCCAUGGCCCACCGCAAGCGCCAGAGCACUGCGAGCAGCAUGUUGGACCACAGGACCAGACCAGGUCCCGUCCCCCAUGACCAGGAGCCUGAUAGCGAGGACACAGAGCUUCCUUUGGAGGGCUAUGUGCCCACGGGCCUGGAGCUGGCCACUCUGCGGCCAGAGAGCCCCACGCCUGAGGAUCAGGGGUGUCACAACCAUAGCCCUGAUGGGGACUCCAGCUCUGACUAUGUGAACAACACAUCCGAGGAGGAGGACUAUGAUGAGGGCCUCCCGGAGGAGGAGGAGGGCGUCACCUACUACAUCCGGUACUGUCCUGAGGAUGACAGCUACCUGGAGGGCAUGGACUGUAACGGGGAGGAGUACAUAGCCCAUGGCGCACAUCCCGUGGACACUGAUGAGUGUCAGGAAGCCGUGGAGGAGUGGACGGACUCAGUGGGCCCUCAUACUCACAGCCACGGGGCUGAGAACAGCCCGGAAUAUCCAGACAGCCACCUGCCUAUCCCAGAGGACGACCCCUCCGCCCUGGAGGUCCAUGACCAGGAAGAAGAUGGCCACUACUGCCCCAGCAAAGAGAGCUACCAGGACUAUUACCCUACAGAGGCCAAUGGGAACCCAGGUGGCGCCUCCCCGUAUCGCAUGAGGCGUGGGGACGGCGACCUGGAGGAUCAAGAGGAAGACAUUGACCAGAUCGUGGCUGAGAUCAAGAUGAGCCUGAGCAUGACCAGUAUCACCAGUGCCAGUGAGGCUAGCCCUGAGCACAUGCCUGAGCUGGACCCUGGGGACUCCACAGAGGCCUGUCCACCCAGCGAGACUGGCCAUGGGUCCAGCAGGCACGAGGCAAGGCCCAAGUCGCUGAACCUUCCCUCUGAGGCUAAACACCCUGGAGACCCCCAGAGAGGACUCAAGACCAAGACCAGGACCCCAGAGGAGAGGCCAAAGUGGCCCCAAGAGCAGGUUUGCAAUGGCUUGGAGCAGCCGAGGAAGCAGCAACGCUCUGAUCUCAAUGGACCCGCUGACAAUAACAACAUCCCAGAGACAAAGAAGGUGGCAUCGUUUCCAAGCUUUGUGGCUGUUCCAGGGCCCUGCGAGCCAGAAGACCUCAUCGAUGGGAUCAUCUUCGCAGCCAACUACCUGGGCUCCACCCAGCUGCUCUCUGAGCGAAACCCCUCCAAAAACAUCCGAAUGAUGCAGGCUCAGGAGGCUGUCAGCAGGGUCAAGAGGGUGCAGAAGGCUGCUAAGAUCAAGAAAAAAGCGAAUUCGGAAGGCGAUGCUCAGACGCUGACAGAAGUAGACCUCUUCAUCUCCACCCAGAGGAUCAAAGUUUUAAAUGCUGACACCCAGGAAACCAUGAUGGACCACGCCUUGCGCACCAUCUCCUACAUUGCAGACAUCGGCAACAUCGUGGUUCUGAUGGCCAGACGCCGCAUGCCCCGGUCAGCCUCUCAGGACUGCAUUGAGACCACCCCUGGGGCCCAGGAGGGGAAGAAGCAGUACAAGAUGAUCUGUCACGUGUUUGAGUCAGAGGACGCCCAGCUGAUAGCCCAGUCAAUCGGGCAGGCCUUCAGCGUGGCCUACCAGGAGUUCCUCAGGGCAAACGGCAUCAACCCUGAAGACCUGAGCCAGAAGGAAUACAGCGAUAUCAUAAAUACCCAGGAGAUGUAUAAUGAUGACCUCAUCCACUUCUCAAACUCAGAGAACUGCAAGGAGCUGCAGCUCGAGAAGCACAAGGGUGAGAUUUUAGGUGUGGUCGUUGUGGAAUCAGGCUGGGGCUCCAUCCUGCCCACUGUGAUCCUGGCGAAUAUGAUGAACGGUGGGCCUGCAGCUCGCUCAGGGAAGCUGAGCAUUGGGGACCAGAUCAUGUCCAUCAAUGGCACCAGCCUGGUGGGGCUGCCCCUGGCUACCUGCCAGGGCAUCAUCAAGGGCCUGAAGAACCAGACACAGGUAAAGCUCAACAUUGUCAGCUGUCCCCCGGUCACCACGGUCCUCAUCAAGCGUCCUGACCUCAAGUACCAGUUGGGCUUCAGCGUGCAGAAUGGAAUCAUCUGCAGCCUCAUGAGAGGGGGUAUUGCGGAGCGAGGGGGUGUCCGCGUCGGCCACCGCAUCAUCGAGAUCAACGGACAGAGUGUGGUGGCCACAGCCCAUGAGAAGAUAGUCCAGGCUCUGUCUAACUCAGUGGGAGAGAUCCACAUGAAGACCAUGCCUGCGGCCAUGUUCAGACUCCUCACAGGCCAGGAGACCCCGCUGUACAUCUAGGUACACCCAGCCUCGCCAUGGAGCAGGGACACCAGGCAGACCCACCUGGGCCCAGAGGAGCCAGAAGCCAGGACAAAGCCCUGACCCCUCAUCCCAUAGCCCAACCAAGAACUCUGGCUCCCCUGAAGGGUCCUCACCACCUAGUUUUCUUGUUUUGGUUUGGUUUUGGUUUUGCUACAAAAAAAAAAAAAGGUACGUCCUUACCAAGGGGGAGUUGAGGGACAAGCCUUUGGGACACUUACCCGUCCUCUGCCACAUUCUCAUCACGGCUGAUGAAGGGUGCUCACAGGUAGUUCUGUGUGCUGUGCUGUGUUCUUCCUCCCUGAGGCUUGGAAUGGGAAUGUGGUGCCCGCCCCUGCGGCUGUGAAGGGAGCCCUCUGUGAUGCCGCUGCAGCCAUCUCCUCCCUUUGGCUGGAACACUUAGGGUCCAGCCGAGUCCUAAAGGGCCCGUAUACUGGCGUAGCCCCCAUCUGCACCGGAGCAGGGGCAAGCUGGCUCCUGGGACCCCGGCUGAGGCUUGUGCCACGUAUGGGAACCUGUGAUUGAUUGUAAGUAUUUACGCAGCAAGGGGAUACUCCUGAGUUAAAUAAAAAAAAAAAAAAUGAUGGUCACAAUGUCAAAACUCCAUAUUUAUUUAGCAAAUAUUACUGUUUGGACUUUGACCUUUGGCAAGCCAUUCUUCAGACAUUUUGGUUUUCCGGCGACCUGUGACCACAGCUGCUUCUCCUGUCCUCGCCUGUUCUGAGUCCCCUGAGACCCUGUGAAUUUCCCUGGACAUCUUCACGUGGACUCCUUCUCUACCACAAGGCUCCCUGUUGAGGGGGGCAACAUCCUGCCAGGAACAAAGGCAGAAGCAUGGGAGACAUCCCUAUUUAAAAAAAAAAAAAGUAUACCCCGUAGCCACACACACACACACACACACACACACACUGUCCCCAACAAAGCAAGCCCACAGCAGAAAACCCCCACCUCUUCCCUCCCUGAAGGGAACAGCGAGAGUGUAAAUUACUUGUCCAGUGAGGUGCUUGGCCAUCCCGCGCGGAGCAGUGUUAGUGUGUGGAGCAGAGCGCAGCGGCUGGCUCUGUUCAUUAGCGAUCAAUGUGACCUGACAUCAUUUUGUCUGGCAGUCUCUUUUUUUUUGGCUCAGGCCUUGAAGAAUACACUGUGACUUAAGAAGCCUUAUUACACAGUAACUAAAGCUUUAGGAUUACUGUAUCGAGGAGUAACCUGUGUGUUGCAUGCAGCCGACCCUAGGAAGACUUCCUGCAUAUCGCUAAUAAACCUGAAGUCAUGACAGA